AAAAGGGACCAAUAACAGAAGUAUCAAUAGAGAAAAGAAAGCAUAGUAUAAGAAGACAGGAAAUGAAAAGUUCUUGCUCUUCAACAUUGGCUCAGGACAUGCAGUGUGAGUUGGAUAUGAAUCUGCUUUGCUGGGGUAGUGGGGAGCUUGGCCAGAGUGGACAUGGCAGGCCAGGGGAGAUCAAUCCAGAGGAGGCCCAUCUGCGAGAGUUCACAAAGGCACGGCUGGGCAGAGUGAAGCUACUGGCGUGUGGAUCGAGUCACUCCAUUGUGGUUACAGUGGACAACAAGAUCUUUGCUUGGGGAAAUGGCACCAGUGGACAGCUGGGUGACGGAGAGAGGACAGUAAAGUACCAGCCAGUUGAGGUUAAGUUGCCACAGGAACUGACCACUAAAGGAAGCGACACAGAUUUGGAUGUCGUCAGCAUAGUUGGUGUGGCCUGUGGAAGCCGACACUCCUUCAUAUGGACUGAAACUGGACAAGCCUACAGUUUUGGGAACAACUUUUACGCACAGCUUGGCUAUGACUUCCAGAGGCUUGACUUCAAAGAGCACCAGCUGGCACCGCGUUUGUUCCAGAAUCUUCCAUCGUCUCUGAAAAUAUCUCAAGUGGCCUGCGGAGAGCGACACACUCUGUUUGCGCUGGAGGAUGGCAGUGUGGCGGCAUGUGGGCACAAUGAUUAUGGACAAAUUGGCAGUGGUUCUGAUGAAACUGUGGUCGUCCCCCGCUUUGUUGAGCGAGUGGACCAUGUGUCGAAGGUCACCUGUGGGGCAAACCACAAUCUUGCACUGACAGGUGACGGCAGGUUGUUUCAGUGGGGCUGUGGACGCGCAUGUGGGAGCCUAAAGAGGAACAUCCUUUUCCCAGAGGAAGUGACGCCACCAAGCUUGCCAGUGAGAGACAUUGCUGGAGGAUGUUGGCAUAGCCUGCUUCUAACAGAUGGUGGGAAUGUCUUCUCCUGGGGGAUGGGGCAAGAGGGACAACUUGGACUUGGGGAGGACCGAAUUCAUAUCUCCUCUCCUCGUCUUCUCAGCUGUUCUCAGCUGGCUGAGGUCACACGGAUACAAGCAGGGGACAGCUACAGUGCAGCAGUCACAGCAGGAGGAGAGCUGCUUCUCUGGGGUCAGAUCCCGUGUGCAUCCCGGAUCAGUGAUCAUCCAGGCCUCAAAAAGCUCUGGACCCCGCGGCCUGUUCCACUGGCAGGCGAAAAGGUGUGUGAUGUGGCCUGUGGUACCUGGCACAUGAUGGCCCUCACCACAAGGAGCAGAGAGGAGAACAGAGAAUGUGCUCGCUCAGAAACUGAAGCUCGCUUCGAAGACCUUGUCAGCAAUCCCCUACCGACGGAGCACACAGAGAAAGAAAACACAGUGCAAAGGCUAAAGGCCUCCGCAAUCCUCCAGGACCGCGCCAAGCUAACACGUCCUGGACCUGUUUCUCCAGUGAACGCACAGGGAGGAAACUUAUAUCAGCCCUCCAUCAAACUCCUGGACACCAGACAGGUUCACCACAAGCUGCUUCACGGUCUAGAGAGACCAGAGGGCUCUGAGGAGCAGGCGAAGGAUGAAGAAAGUGAGAGUGCUGAGGAAGAAGAAAGACAUGAAGAAAGACCAAACAAAGAUGAGAGAGAUGGAGCGUUACACGAUUCAGCAUCUGCCAUUGCCAGGUCUUCAACGGGGAUGGACAGGAGAGGAAAUGGCCGCUCAUCAAUCAAAUCCGACCAAGGGGAUGAGAGAGAGAGUUACAGGACAGCGGGGCCAUGGGAGUCGAUGAAAGAGCCACGUAGAAGCAGAGAUGUAGUCUUCACCACUUUGUAUGUUUUACCCAGGUCAGAGGGAGAGCAGUGCAGGCCUGCUGCCAGCAGUUUACCCUGGCUACUGACGGGACAGCAAGCUCAUGGCAGAGUUUUAGAUGAGGCUCAGAAGGAGAGAUCCGCACAUCUGACCAAACUGGUCCAAAAGUCUGGAAGUUACAGCAGCAUUUUGCAGAGUCCCAGGCUCAAACCCAAACCCAGACCUCCUCAGAGAACUCCAAGUCCCGCGGAUCAGAGUGUAGCCUCUUGUCACCGUUCAAGAAUUAGACCGCACUCUGGCCUCAGGUCUCCGAUUUGCAAUUCUUCACCCCAUCUGAGCCCUGGACAGCAUGCUCAGAUGUCCUCCCCUUUCUUCCACCCAGGACCACAAGUUGAAACCUCUCUUUCUUCAACUCCUUCCUCUUCUGAACUAUUCAGGUACUGUCCUACACACAGAAGAGUGGUUUCUUCCUUUAGCACUUCUCGGAAGAAUCUAUAAGAACCAAAGAUCCAGGUCUGUCUGCCAGCAGAAUUUAUGUACAGUGUUUAAAAUGUGUAUUCAUCAUUUUAUUUCAGGUUGUGUGAACUAUUUGGAAUCAAAAUACCAAAUAUUCAUUGUGUAGCCACCCAGAUAAUAGACAGCUUAUCCAUAAAGUCAUCAGCAUCAAAAGCAUUUUUACCCAAAAGCCUCCAGAAAUGACAGACCAUACAGAGAGAAUGUGCACUCUAUUAUCUACUUAAUAAUACUUUACUUUAGGCCGCAUUCAAAGCUAAAUACUUGUGGCUCCAAGGUGACUGACAAAAUGUCUCUUUUACUCUGUAAGAGCCCUCCAAAGCAGACUCCAGAUCAGCAUUAAUGGGCUCCACUUUACCCCACACUGUGAUUUGGCAAAUAUACUCCUCUUACAAUCAUCUCAGUCAACGAUACUCAUGAACCUUGACAUCAUCUGAAAACAUUAGACUUUGGUCUUCCAGUGAAAGCUGCAUGUAGGAGCUGCGGAGGCCUUGAAUCAGCACAUUUUAACAUAACUUCAGAGGGUUGAAUAUUUGCUUCUUCUUUUCUUUUUUACCCUACGCAUUACUACAUACUACCAAGCUGCAUUCGUUUUAGUACUUACAGUAUGUUGUUUAUUAAGGACAAAGUGCCCUCAGAUCUUGGCCUCUUGUAAGACAUUUCACGGUAGAGUGUUUUCAUGGCGUCUCCGCAGUAUGAAUCACAUGUGCAUGCUACUAUGCCUCUUUUGAGUGUGAGGAGUUAUUGCAGAGAUAAAACUAUAUGAUGAGGUUUCUUAAAAUAAAGCAGCAUUGUUACAGGAAACAUAGCUUCCUUUGAUUCUGCUUUGCUCUUUUUUGUGUUAUUUGUUAUGUUUCUUAAACAGAGGUCCUUCAUUAGCUUUGCAGUGUAUGCAAACUGGUUCUCUGCCACAGUGCAGACCACAACCACAUGGUAAUUCCUCUGAUCAGGGUUUCAUUAUAAGUGGCGCAUGCAAUGUUUUUUUCAUUAUCCACAGUACAUUUAACAAAAGGGACCUUUUGUCAAUAACUUGGCAACAUGUUGGCAGCGUUGGGGUGGACACAUCACUCAGUAGCCAAUGUAUCCAAACGAAUACCACUAGUAAUGCCGUAAUCAUUUUGAGCACCGACUUUACGUUAUGAAUUACCUUGACCCAAGUUUUUAAAGGUAAAAAAGGAUGCUAAUGUUGAGUUUGUAAACCAAACAAAGGUAUUUAAAAGGGUAUUGACUUGCUGCUCCAGGAGGGUCAAACAAUAAAUGUACUUUUAAAUUGAGUCUCAGAUUUGCUUUCGUGAGCACUGAACCCAACACUGACUACAUACAGGCAUGCAAUACUAAUGGCAUUGAGACAUCCGCCCUCAUUCCACCCCAUUGUCUCCCACACUCCCUAUAGUUUGUUUUGGUGUGUGUGAGUAAGUGUUGGUUGUGUGUAUCACGUCUUUGCCCUGCGAGACUCCUGCCAAUCGAUUCAAGGUGAGACCUGUCGAUUAAACACCCUGAGCCGUGCUCUCUACCUAACCCCAGGGUGAUUCAAUCCCACCCCUUGCACACACACGCACACACCCGUACACAAACACACGCACGCACACACACCCACCUCACCUGUCAUCCAUCAAUAUCUCCAUCUGGGCCUCUAUUGAUCCCCUCCAUCCAGCCUCUUCACCCCGUGCAGUACAACAUCAGGGCCAAGACGACGUCCGCGCAGGUUUAAUUUCUGACAGAUUUACAAUAAAGCUCAAGUUAUUAUUUAACUCUUCCGGCCGCAGUGUGCUCUUUGAUUUAGCACCCUGGGAGAGGAUGAGUUACAGCUGACACAGAGAAUCUGCCGGGGCUGGAAUGGUAGGCACCCGGUUCAUAACUCAGCCGCCGAAUGUGUAGUUAGUCAAUCACUUGAUCUGUAAUCACAAAUGCUGCCAGAAAUUACAUGAGUGAUGAGCUGUAAUAAAAGCACUUACUUUUCCUGCUCUGUCUCUUAAGUGUUAUUGGCAGACCCCUCUCUCCCAGGAGGCCGUGGCUGUGAAACAAAAUCCCGAUAUAAACUGCCUCAUUGGUCCCUGCCUCACGCUCUCUCUCUGGUGUACUGUAUGUGUGUGUAUGUGACUCUUCGUGUGUGUGUGUGUGUGUGUGUGUGUGUUAAUGCAGAGUGCUCCCACUACAGUGUAAUACAAAGCUCUUUUUGACAGUCUUUCUUCCACUCUUGGAUUGCCUUGCUUCAGGACAAAUGAUCCUCACUCCAGUAAAGACAGUCAUCCGCGUCUCUAUCAUUUAUAAUCUCUAAUGUCUGCAGAGGUGCAGGGAAACA